AGCUGAUAAAGCUUAUCCUCUUGGCCUAAGUAGCAGUCCGUGCACGGUUAUUAGCCGCUAGUCGGAGAGUUAGUAAGAUCCUGGCAAAAUCUCGGCUGUUUAGCUCAACGACGGAGCUUGGCCAAUUCGACAUUUCCCUGUGUUGCCGUCGCCAAUUCAUUUGACCUUUGCGUCGUUUUCAGCCUACACACACCCACUGCAUCACCAACCACACCCCCCGACGAGUUUCCCUCUCGACAAACAACCUCUAUUCAAAAUGGGCGGCCAGAUGUACAAUCUUUUCGGCAAGCAGGUUGCUUCGCAAUACCUCGCCAUGGGCGUCCUCGCCUCCCUCUUCGGCGGUGUCGCCGUCGCCACCUCCGGCGGCAGCGCUGCUAAGCCCACCACCCCCGGUGCUACCCCUCCAAUCAAUGCCUCCAGCUCCGACGAGGCCGACUUCAUCAAGAAGUUCCUCGAGCAGGAGGGCUCCGCCGAGAAGAAGCACUAAGAGGAUGGAAUCCUGCGUGGAGGGGUUGCUGGAUAGACGAUGAGUACUCGAGGAAACAUACGCCAUGGGUUACCGGCAUGGUGGUUGGUGGAUGUUGAACAAAAAGCAAGCAACGCACGUGUUUGGCUUGGUGCUGUUCAUUCUCGCGCAAGACUUGAACUUGUUGCGAGGAGUGUACAUAUAUAUCAUCAUCAGCAAUGGGGAGGUUACGGUUGAAAUGAGAUCGGACACAGCAAGAUGUUUGCCUCUUGAGCAACGUGGAUGUUUUUGGUGCUUGUAUCUGUGCUUUCACGAAUGGGCAAUAUGGGAUGUUUGGAGGGAGCUAUCGACACUCGAAGUUACAAGUUGGUAAGAUUUUGAACUCAGUACUUCUGAUGACACACCCUAUUAGGUACAAUUCCCGGGCUAUCUACCGCCAUCCGACACCUUAUAGCCCCGGGAGUUUCUCAAGAUGCGAAAUAACCCAUCCUGCUGCGAAACAACGUAAUAAUAACGAAAUGAAGCACUAAACACUAAACAAACUGCCAACCACAUAAGGUUCGACUUUGGGUAACCCAAAGGUUACCUUGCCCUCCCCCCUGCCUUCUUUUCUCCAGCCUCAUCAUCAGGCGGUCACAUAGUCGGUCUGCCUGCGUCCAGGUACAAGACCUCACAACCUCGUCUCAAGGUAAAGGCCAAGCAGUAUCCGUCGUGAUCUUGUUGAUUUCGUCAAGCAUGCUCGCAAAUUUGUUGGCAGUCUCUAAUGGGGCUGUCUUGACGACACGCUCUUGCUGUUCCUCCUCCUCGUUAUACUGAGGCGAGGUUCACACCGGCAGCCCUCUUGGACCCUCCUCUCCUUUCCUUGCCGCGGAGAACGCUUCCUUUCACCACCAACGGAACCCUCGAUGCACACCAUCGACUACAGCCACUUGGUCAAGUCUUUGUUCUGCCCCGCAUCCUCCAGCACGCAGUUGAUGACAACAGGGUUGGACUCGUCACGGGUGUACAAAAAGACGGUGUUGCCGUAUCUGUUCUUGGCAUGGCAAAGGCGUGUUGGAUCUUGCGGUGGUGGGGGGUGGUGUCGUCGAGGCAGAACUUUGCGCAGGUUUCCAGCUUGGCGGACUGGAAGGCGAUCUGCAUUAUCCAGCGGGAGUAGGAUGGGGCCUCGUCCGCAAACUCGCGAAGGUGCCAGAAGCGGCGCUGGCGGCUGUUCUUCUCGUCGUGGUAGUAGAUAGUGUCGGAGGUGAUGAUGUUCUUUCUGGACCAGUGGAAGCCCUCCCGGAUCAGGUCCGAGACGGGGGGUGCCGUUGAGGCAGCGGAUGGCGAAGUAGAGGCACCACUCGAGCUUUUCCUCGGGCUUGGUGAAGGCGUUGGGCGUCAUGGUGAAGUAGAUGCCGUCGGUCAGCUGGAGGUUGCCCAGCGUCAUGCGGGCCAUUUCGGGAAGGACAGUCAUGAUGGUUGUCUUUGUGGGUGUUAGAGCAUGGUUAUUUGCUCGUUCAUGAUGGAUUUUCUCAUCGUUCAUGAACGGUUACUUACUCGUUUGGGUACGAUUAUUUCAUCGCUUGUGUGUCGUUGUGUGACCGUUCAGGUAUGCUCUUGAUCGUUCGCGCAGCAGGGUUGAUGUGGUG